AUGGCGUCAGUUAAGUCUUUGGGUCUGCACCAGCCUAGCGGCCUUCAUCACGCGGCCCACGAAGAUGCACCGCCCUCGACAUAUACCUGGGAGAUCUCGACCGACCCCGAUCACAACGAGUACGACGAUACAUGCGACAUUGAGGACGAACUGCUGGUCACCAAGAACUGCGUGGUCUGGAGCCGAGGUGCUGUGUUUCGUAAGUCGUACAAGUUCGACCUCGAACAGGAGCCUGUCACCCAGGCCCUCCUUGCUUCCUUUCCCACCGCCGACGACAGCAAGACGAACGAUGCAAAGAAGAAGCCGUCCACAAAAUCCGGCGAUCCUCGCCGCCUGUCCCGAGCCUUGGUCGUCUUCCUGCGCACUCAAGCCCACAUCUACUUCCUCUCCGGCACGAGCCAUGUCGUUCACAUGCCUUUCGAGGUCGAGGCCGCCUGCGCAGCACCUCAAGGAGUCAUAAUCCAGCGCAAACAGCGAGGCGACAGCACCGUACCAGCCUCUCUCAAGUUCCCGAAAGUUCCGCCCAACUCCUUCGUCUCCUCGCAGAUCACUGUCACCUCUCCUCGAAGCUCACAGCACACCGUCUUCUCCGUCGAAGGCCUGAACAAACCAAAGCACCUGCCCUUGGGUCUAAGCUCGACCCUGGGAAACAUGUGGGAGCCGACGUUGGAACAGCCGAACUCGCACUGGCCGCGCCUGGUGUCUCUGCUGGACCCCUUGCAAGAGCUUGGGCUCGUGGUUACUCGACCGGACGGCGCUGCCGGGGAAAAGAGGAGGAAGAGCUCGCCCAAGUCGCCCUAUUUCCUGGACCCCGCCGAAGAAAUUCUACACAUUGAGGAGAUCAAGCAUCCCGGCGCACCCAAGACCAAGAACUUGGAACCCCUGAUACUCGCCGUCACCAUGAACCGGGAGGCCAGCACCUAUGCCGUGUGGAGAGUUGCCUACAUCAAAAAUGAGGACCCCUUCAUCGGCCGCCUUAAGAAGGACAAGAGCAGGGCAGAGCGUCGACGAAGCUCUAUGCAGCCGCACUUCGCCAGCGGCGCCACGACCCCGGUGCAGACAAACUUUCGUGAGAGCUUCGGGGCUCCCUUGCCGGGGAAAAGGUCGAGGAAAAGCGAAAAGACCGAAAGGCUUGACAAGGUCGAGAAGCCUCUCGACCUGGUGUCUUCUUUCGACCUGGAUAAAGAGUCUGGCGCCCAUAGAAGACAAUCACGGCGAGUGAGUUCGAUGCUGGCUCGUGCGGACCUUUCUGCAUCUCAGGAGCGUUCAGUCUUCUCCGAGCAGCCCUUGAUCCCAGCCCAUGGCGGAUCAAAACGGAUCGAGUCUUACGGUAGCCAAGGACCUAGACUUAGUGGUGGCUACGGCUCGUUCAACUACAACCAGACCAUCCAUCCCAGCCUCGGGAGUUUGCUGGAGGCCCCGAUUGAUGGGGUGCUUGAAGAACUGCGAGCCGGUGGGGAUUUCGAGGGCUUCCAUAGCAUGGGCCUGGACGACCACGUUUUCGAUGGCAUUUCCCAGGAAAUGAUGUUCACCAAGAUCCAGACCAUCUCGCUAGACAACUCCAACGUGCGCUACUCGCUGUCAAAGCAGCCGGCCCGCGAGCACUGCAAGGUCUUCAUCCUGACAGCGCCCCAGUUCGCCCUAGACGACCCCCUGCGCGGCGAGCUGCUCAUCGGAAUUCAGGACUCUCUCGAUAAGAGACUGCAGCUCCUGACAAUUGAUCUCCAGCGAGGACCGCGCUUCCUGGUACCACCGAAGCCUGGCAAGAGGUCCACGUCGUCUGAAGACCCCGUCCGGCUGGCUUGCGGCGCGCUUCGCCGAGCUCACCAUGUUGUAGAUUCGUGCAAGGUGAUCGACGGCGACAUAUCCGUUAUCCUAAUCCUGUCUGAAGGACAUGAAGGCCGCAGGGAGCUGAGUAUUCAGGCUCCAUGGAGCCAGAUCACCCCCAUCAACCUCCCGCUAAUGUCUUUGGAAAAUGUUCGCAGUCUGCACUAUCGAGGACGUGUCGUCGAUAGAGACGUUCGCCACCGCAAGUCGGAAGUCGUCGAGGUUGCUAACGGCCACGUCGGCGGACUCAAGUACUCCAAAGCCAGGGGGGUCGUCGACAUGGUUGAUGGCGAGGAUAGACACCACCAGAUCCAAAUCCAACUCCAGCCUCGAAACCCGCAGGUGCGCAAGGUGCUGGACGCAUGUCGGAGCAUUCUCCCGGCAACGCAUGCCGAGAAGAUCUUUCCCGGCUGGUGGCACAUCAUGAUAUGGGUCAAGAGCGAAGAGUUCGAAGUUGCCGACGCAGAAUGGUCAUCGCUGGUGAUUCUGCUUUUGACCAUCUAUCUCGCUCUCGGAAAGACAAAGCCAGCGCAAGACCCUCCGACCAAGCCAUCCAGAGGCAGAAGACGACCUCAAUCCGGCUCCUUUGGGUCAAUACAAACCCUCGAGGACUGGAACACGCUACAUCUGUACGAAACCCCCAAUGCCCUGGGUUGUCCCAGCUGGCAGCAAACCAAGGCUUGGGAUUGGACCCUCGAUGAAGACAAUAGUGACGACACGGAGAAUAUCAUCAACCCAGGCCUCAAGGGGUCCAAGUUCAUGUCAACACAUGUCCAGUACGCCAAGGGAUACCUGGCAUCUCCGCUUGGCGAAAAGGCCGUCGGCGAAAAUGGCUAUCUGCCAACCGGGCAACAACGCAGCGCGGAAAACCGUGGGAACGCCGCUUGGAAUAUCUUAGUUGCACUUCACCUCCUUCUCGAGGAACAGAAGCUGGAUAUCAUGACUCCCGAAUACGCCUCUCCAGGAACAGCCCCACUGCGUGUAGUCACCUGUCAGAUUGCCCGCUGGCUUGGAUGGCACAAUUUCGUGGCCAUGUAUGAGCUGGGGAUCCAGGAAGAACUGGAUCCUCAUUACGACUCAGGUCAGCAACAUCUUCAUAAACAGGACUUCAUGAUGCUAACAUCAACCACAGAGCUUCGCCUUGAAGUUCCCCUUACCCAGCCCUCUGGUGUUGAUUUUGACAUCUUUCACUGGAUCCAGACAUGCCUCGCCACUGGACAGUAUCAUCCAUUCCUGACACUAGCCAAUCUAUACCAUUCUCAACCGGUAAAAGCCGAGCAAGAUCAUCUCAAGGAUUCAAGAUGGACCCCCGUUACCCCAAGGACCUUCAUGUUCAAACGUUUUUUUGAGAAGCUCACGCCAAAAGGCAGCCCUGCCAGCAUGGUUGAGGCCAUGCACUCGGCGGGCAUCAGCAGCCGAGUCCUUGAGACACUUCCUGAAGCCGUGCUCACACCAUUGAAAGAUUCCAUAUCGAGGUGUCAAGCCCGGCCGCCUGCUUCAUGGCCCAAAGAUCUGCUGGAGCUCGUCAACCGCGGCGACAUGAGCAUGAUAUUGGCACCGACCAAAAACCUGCAGAAGAGCGGUGCUAACAUUCUUACGCCCACGCACAAUGCGGCGUGGGACUAUCGCACCAUCUGCCAAAGCGUCGACGAAUACAACAAUAUUGGCUACGACGAAGGCGAAGGUACCGAGCGGCAAGCCGUCAUCCGAGCCCUUUUCAAAGAGGACCGCCGUCUCAACGAAGCCCAAAAUCUCUUAUCAACCCACAGGGCCCGCGUCGUCCGCCUUGAAGCCGACCCAACGUGGUCGGAGAGCGAAUACCUCGAGAGGCAAAAGGAACUCGUGUCCAGGAUAGCUACCGGCACUCUGGCCAUCCCCGCAGGCCGAGCUCUUCUAUACUACAGCUUGCGAUACCCGUUGCUGACACAGAAGUUCCACGUGGCCGGAUUCAACCUCAACUGCGUCGUCCGUCCGACCAACGUCACUGUCGGCGUUGACAAGACACUGUUCACCGAGGACAAGGUCUGCUGGGGCUUCUUCCACCAAGGCGUGGCCGCUGGGCUCGCCAUUUCACCACAGGCCAAGGGCAUCGACACGUCAUGGAUCCUGUACAAUAAGCCUGGCCACGAUCUAAGUAACCGCCAUGCCGGCUUCUUGUUGGCCCUGGGUCUGAAUGGACAUCUCAGGGGCAUCGCCAAAUGGGUCGCUUUCAAAUACCUGACGCCCAAGCACACAAUGACCUCUGUUGGUCUCUUGCUCGGCCUCGCAGCGUCCUACAUGGGCACUAUGGACUCUCUCAUCACCCGACUUAUCUCGGUCCACGUUACUCGCAUGCUGCCUCGAGGGGCCGCCGAGCUGAACCUCUCCCCGCUGACGCAGACGACCGGCAUCAUGGGCAUCGGCUUGCUCUAUUAUAACAGCCAACACAGACGCAUGAGCGAGAUCAUGAUGUCCGAGAUCAAGCACGUUGACGAAGAAGACGAGGACGAACCCCUUCGCAGCGAAUGCUACCGCCUGGCGGCCGGUUUCUCGCUCGGUCUCAUCAACCUCGGCAAAGGGAACGACCUCCGCGGGCUCCACGACAUGAAGCUCACCGAAAGUCUUGUAACAAUCGCGACUGCCACGAAGAAGGUGGAAAUGGUGCACGUCUUGGACCGAGCAGCCGCGGGCGCGGUCAUGGCGUUGGCCCUGAUAUUCAUGAAAUCCGAGGACCAAAUCGUCGCCCGGAAGAUCGACGUACCCGAGUCCAUCGUCCAGUUCGACUACAUCCGGCCCGAUAUCCUGCUCCUGCGCACUGUCGCCAAGAACUUGAUCAUGUGGAACAAGAUCCAGCCGACGUUCGCAUGGAUCCUCGGGAGCCUGCCCAAGGCAUAUCGUAACCGGCACAAGCUGGUUAACACGUCGAGGCUGAAGAGCACAGAUCUCCCCUUCUUCAGUAUCAUCACUGGAAUCUGCUUCUCAAUCGCACUGCGUUACGCAGGCAGCGCGUCUACGAGGGUACGAGACCUUUUGAUACACUACCUCGACCACUUCAUCCGCAUAUCCCGGUUGCCCGCCACUCAGCGCCCGCCGCCCCAUGACUAUCCCAUGUAUGACGAAGAGCUGGCUCGUUCCAACGCUCGCAUGUGCCAGGACGUGCUUGCACUCUCGGCCUCUAUCGUCAUGGCCGGGACCGGCGAUCUCGUUGUGCUCCGUCGCCUCCGUCUGCUGCAUGGCCGAGACGACCCCGAGACCCCGUACGGCUCGCACCUGGCUGCUCACUUGGCCAUCGGAUCGCUGUUCCUCGGAUGCGGGACGGCUACCUUUGGCACAAGCAACAUGGCCAUCGCCAGUCUGCUCAUUGCAUUCUACCCCGUGUUCCCGACAUCUGUUAUGGACAACCGAUCACACCUUCAAGCAUUUCGCCACUUCUGGGUCUUGGCAACGGAUCCUCGCUGCCUCGUGGCCAAGGACGUCGCCACGGGCCAGCCCAUUUCGGCCCCUAUCGAGAUCCGCCGGAAGAGCACCGGGGAGCCGGACGACGCCGAGACGAUCGCCACCGUCCGCCAGACGCCCUGCCUCUUGCCUCCCCUCGGCGAGAUCGCGAGCAUCCGCACCAACGCGGGCCCGGCCUUCUGGGACCUCGAGAUCGACUUUGAAAAGAACCCCUCGCUAGUCGACGCCUUCCGGCAGAACCAGAGCCUCUACCUUCGCCGGCGUCCAGCGCAGGAGGCCCCGUUCACGUCGACGCUGCGCGCCCUCGGCCGCGACGCGCUCGCCGAUGUCACUGACAACGGCCGUCAGGAUCCCCUCGAGUGGGUGUUUGGCCUCGAUGCCCUUCGUGACCUCACGUACGCCGAGCGCGCUACGGUGCUCGACCGGACUACCAACUCGGACGGCGUCGCCAGCGAGAGCUCCGGGUCCGCGGUUGACUCGCGGCUCGUGCUGCAGCGCAGCAUGGACGGGUCGUCAAGGGAGCGGCUGCUCGGGCUCAAGAUGCUGUUCGAGUGGGCCGACCGCCGCGCGCAGUUGGAGGGUAGCUCGUGGGCCCAGGCUAAGAGCGGCGGCGGUGAGGGGGAGAAGAACCAGGAGUGGUGGAUGAGGGAUAGUGUUGUCGAGGAGCUCAAGGGACGGGUGUUCAUGGCCGGGCGCGAUGGGCCGUAG